UCAGCGGAUUCAUGCGCAGUGCUGAAGGGAGGAGGAAACAGCAGUGAGUCGCAGCUAACAGGCUAGUGUUCGCUAUAGAUAAUGGACAUGAGUGCCAGCGAGUGCUUUGGAUGUGGCCGCUCUGGACACUGGAUCAAGAACUGUCCUAAUGCUGGUCGAGGUCGUGGCCGGGGCCGGGGACGAGGAAAGGAUCUGUUCUGUUACAGGUGUGGAGAGCAGGGCCACAUUGCGAGAGAUUGCGAACAGACUGAGGAUGCAUGCUACAAUUGCCACAGGAGUGGCCAUAUUUCCAGAGACUGCAAAGAACCCAAGAAGGAGAGAGAGCAGUGUUGCUAUAACUGUGGCAAAGCCGGUCAUGUGGCACGCGACUGUGACCACGGCAACGAGCAGAAGUGCUACUCCUGCGGGGGGUUCGGACACAUCCAGAAGCUAUGUGACAAGGUCAAAUGUUACCGGUGUGGUGAGAUCGGUCACGUGGCAGUGCAGUGCAGCAAGGCGACUGAGGUGAACUGCUACAACUGCGGCAAGACCGGUCACCUGGCGAGAGAAUGCACCAUUGAAGCGUCUGCGUAACUUCCUUCCUCUGUCGCCCCUCCUUUCCUGAUUGAUGGUUGUUUCUCUUCUCUGAAUCCUCUUCAUUGGCCAAAGGCUGGCAAACAGAGGCCUUUCCCAGGCCAGUGAGCAGCUUUGAGUUUUGUUUUUCCUUUGUUAUGCAGAAAAGGGGUAAAAA